UCGCAGGGCGUGUGUGACUGUGAAUGGUAAGCGGAUCGAACGUUUCGAAGCUAUCUACUGCGGGGAAGGGAGCGAGGGAGCGAGCGAGGGACGGCCGAGGAAUGAGUGUGGCGAGAUUCUGCAGCAGCCUGCGCGCUCGCUCUGGUCGAUGGGUCUGAUUCUUCCGUGGCAGGCAGCUCCCGUCGCCAACCAGGGUCACCCUCCGGUCUGAUCCUCCAGAGCACCAGCGAGCGAGCGCAACAAAGUGGGCGCAUGCGUGCCCGCGUGAGUGCAGGCGAGGAUUGUGGUCGCGAGGCAGCGUCGAUUUAGCGCUGUGUCCGAGCGGGGGACGAGGGCGAUUACGAGCGUGACGGGCCGGAGCGCGGGGAGCGGAGAGGAGAGGAGAGUAGACCUCGGGGCGCAAGAAGAGGAAGAGGAAGAAGAAGGAGAAGAAGAAGGGCGUCGUCUCCUGGGGAGUUUGCUCGUGGGCGCUCGGGCCUUGAAGGCCCGGAGAGAGCAGGUGGGGGCGAGGAUUAGGUUAUCGAACUGGGGGGUGGCAGAGUUUGCGAGCGGGUGGUCUGCUGGCAGGGGAGGAGGGUGCGCUGACCGAUUUGCUCGAGAUCUCGGGGCUGGGACUGGGGCGAGGUGGGGGAAUUUGUUAGAACGUACGCGGAGUGGGUGAGGCAAUUGCGAGGAGUGCCGCGAGGGCAGAUUCCGGCCGCGCGAGAUAUAAAUUCAAUUCUCCUGGUUCGGUUGGGCAGCUCAUUCGGUCGGUGGCUCGCUCUGCUUCUCGCGAAAGAGACUCGCACCAUGGAUUGGCAAGGACAGAAACUGUCGGAGCAGCUUAUGCAGUACCUUUUGCUCGGAUCUGCCCUCAUCGCCUUCCUUACGGGCUACAUAAUGUCGUCUUACCGAAUGAUGUUGACGAUCUACUUAAUUGGCGUGGUCAUUACAUUCCUGUUCACGGUCCCGGAUUGGUCGUUUUUCAACCGCCAUCCGCUGGAAUGGUCCGAGUUGAAGAAUCCCGAUAUGCCCAGCAGUAGACAAUUGAAGCUCAGACAGCAACAAGCUGCGAAGAAGGCCGCCAAGCCUCAACCCAAGAGGUGAAGUGUUUCCAGUUCGUCGCAUUGCACAGUGGAACUCGACGAUGCUGAGGAGGCCUGCGAGAUGUCCUUGAGAAGACAUCUCGGAGUCUGGACUAGAUGCCUAUCCUAAGCGCACCUCAACCGACGGACUUCUGCUACUGGAUGUGGGUGGAGUUAAGCUACGUUGUUGAGCAUGUAGGGCCAAGUCUGGGCCUAUGAACUGAUGGCGGAGAUUUUCGAGAGUUGAAUGAAAAGAGUAUUCAAAGAGAGCAUGGAGACAAACCAUGAAAUUUGUUGGAAGGAACAGCGAGUCUUUUGUUCGGGUGUAGCUGGUGCGAUGGCUUCAACAUUUCUAAAUGCGUGCUAGAAGUCUUUUCCGCUCGUUUUUGUCUGUAGAAAUACACAGAAGUUUAGUAUCAGUACUGCUUGAUACGUCUUAUCUCGUACUGCCUCAUACUAAACUGGGAUCACCCAGCUUCUUUAAUCAUGACUGUUCCUCAGUUCUGAUGUAUAUGCGAUCUGGUGGACUCAAUUACCUGCUGGAAUGCCUUUACUCGUAGUCUGCAACAAUCUUUGACUACAGAAGUGCGCAAUUUGCAGCGGUACUGCCAAGAUCCCAGCAGUUAUCAUCUUGCGUAGAUGACUUUCACAUCUUUCAAAGUGUAACUCUUUGCCUAUUUGAGCUGG